UGCAUGACUUCCACUUUUACCGCACACACAGCCUGGCGGAGGGUGCUGUUUUGCAACACUUCUAAACGAUGUUUUUCCAGCAGAUCAGCAAGUCUCCUCAAUAAUUCCUCCGACAAGUUUCAACAAGAGCCUCCUCCUUCUCCUCCUCCUCCUCCUCCUGAUGCGGAGAUGAUGAUGUAAAGAGCUUUAAUCCUGGGGGUUGACACCGCCUGUUUUCUGUCUUGUUGCUCCACCUCCAUCGCCUUGAAUUAAAGCCGCAUUUGAGGCUCCGCGAGGGCAGUUUCUCAAGAGGAAGCAGACGGGAGGCGGGUUGCUUGUGUUUAACGGAACAUUUUAAAACAUGGCAGAGAAUAAAAUGGGUCCGAACCUCCAGGCUGGAGCUGGGAUCUUCGCCAAGCGGUUCCAGAAGUCUUUGAACCGAGCUCAGGAGAAGGUCCUUCAAAAACUGGGCAAAACCAUGGAGACCAAGGACGAACAGUUCGAGGUGUGCGUUCAGAGCCUCAACAAACAACAGGGUGACGGCAACAGGCUGUUUAAAGAUGUCAAAGCCUACCAUGCAGCAGUGAAAGCCAUGCAUGACACGUCCAAGCGUUUGUCCCAGACGCUGCGGGAGGUCUACGAGCCGGAGUGGAACGGAGUGGAGGACUUCGCUGUCAUCACAGAGAGUGAAGACUUGCUGUGGAACGACUACGAAGAGAAGCUCAGUGACCAGAUCGUCCGCACCAUGGAGAACUACACCAGCCAGUUCCCAGAGGUCAAGGAACGAGUUGGUAAACGCGGCAGAAAGCUGGUGGACUACGAUUCAGCCCGUCACCACCUGGAGGCGCUGCAGAGUGCCAAGAAGAAGGAUGAAGCCAAAAUAACAAAGGCGGAUGAAGAGUUCAACAAAAGCCAGAAUGUCUUUGAGGAGAUAAACACCGAGCUGAGGGAGGAGCUGCCUGUCCUCUAUCAGAGCCGGAUAGGUUGCUAUGUGACGGUGUUCCAAAAUAUAUCCAACCUGAGAGACGUCUUCUACAAGGAAAUGAGCGUGCUGAACCAUGAGCUGUACAAUGUGAUGAAGAAACUGGAGACUCAACACUCAGGGAAAGCUUUCAUCAUCAAGGGUCUGCACAGUACAAGCAAGGCCAAGAAGAGGAAGUCUCUGGUUAUCUCCAACCCCAUCCCCUGCAACACAGCCUUCCCCACGGACCACGUCUCCCUCCAUACAGCAGACGGAGAAAAUGGAAAAGACACCGUCAUGGGAUCAGGGGAAAACGCUGCGUCGUCGUCCAAAGACUCGUCGGACUCUGAGUUCAGCUCCAGCGGCAGCAACUCUCCUCAGAGGCAGUCGGUGUGUGAGCAGGAGGAAACAGAGAGUCUGAAUCAAGAGGAGGUGGAGGUGGAAGACGAACUCGCUGAAAACCAGUCCGAUGACUCUGGGGUCGGGGUGCCGAAAUCAGAGGCUGCCAAUCAAGAAGUGUCUGAACCCUGUGAUGCUGCAGAAAGUGAACUACAGGAGGAGAAGGAUGAAGAGGAAGUGGAGGAGGAAGUAGUGAGUGAGGCACCAUCAUCAAAAGAGAUGGGGAAACCCAAAGCUCCACCUGUUCCCACCCCUCGAGUCUCCUUCCACUGCACAGAUAAACCUCCACUGUUACCCGCUAAGGAGCAGGAGGAGGAGACAGAGGAGGCUUCAGACAACCAGGAGAAGGCUGACUCUGGAGAGGACUCCACUUCCCACAAUCCACCUGGCUUCCUGUACAAGAGGGUGGCGCUAGAGAGCCAUGCAGCGUCUGAGGACGGCACGCUGCAGUUUGAACAGGGUGACGUCAUCCUGGUGCUCGAUGACACUCAACAGGAGGGUCUGCUGAGGGGGAUAAGGGAGGAGAGCUGGAAGCAGAACCAAGAUCUUAAACACUCUGGGAUCUUCUCGGAAAAACUCCUCCAGCCUGAGAAGGACGAGUGAGGCCACCGUCUUUCCUCUGUUAUACUUUCUCAUUUUGUUAUGUCAAGCAGUGGGACACACACACACACACACACAGAGGGAGUGAUCUCAUAUGUUGUGUAUGUGAGCUGUGAAAACAGAUGGCCUCACAUGAUGCGAUGUUGCAACUCGUGGAACAAAAAUGAGCUUCAGAACAUUUCCUAAGACCUUGGAUUGUUAAAUGUUACAGUAUUUUACUCUUAUUGUAUUUUUAAGUCUUUCUGUGAAACACUGUGAAACAAAAUGUCUUUUUUUUUUUUUAUACCAAUGCUGUGAUCUUGUGUAAAAUGUCCAAUAAAGUUCUAGAUUAAAGGGAA